AUGAAGAUUUCCCAUGUCGUCAUAAAUGGUUGAUUACUUGACUAGCAUGCUCAGCGGUUACCAAGACAACAUUUUGUUGCAAGUACAAACGUGUUUUAUUUGAACUAAAACCAGCCUCUUUGGGGCAGUUUCCUCAUCACUUUCUUUCUUACUGGAUCCAGAGUGGUCACUCCGGUCAAUUAAUGCAUGCCCUCUUCAAUAUAUUCACUCAUUUAAAAGAGAGAGUAUUACAAACAUCAAACAUAGCUUCUGAUUCUUUUCGUUCCUCUGUUUUUUGUUUUAACUUUUCUGGGUUCAUUGAAUUCAACAUCAAACCUUCCAAAAUGUUGCUUCUAUUCUCUCUUUCUCUUUUGUUGGUGUGUGGUGAUGUAGCCAUGGCAGCAUCGAGUUCAAGCAGUAGUACUAGUACCUCAACGGAGAGGCAGAUUAGUCAGACACCAACAUGGGCUGUUGCUGUUGUUUGUGCUGUAAUCAUCAUCAUUUCUAUUUUCUUGGAAAAAAUUCUUCACAAACUUGGAACUGUUCUUACAGAGAAGCACAAGGCGGCUUUGUUUGAAGCCCUUGAGAAGGUCAAAUCUGAGUUGAUGGUUCUGGGAUUCAUUUCGCUCAUACUCACUUUUGGGCAGAAGUAUAUUAUCAAGAUAUGUAUUCCUUUCAAGGUUGCAGACACUAUGCUGCCUUGCGUAUCAGAUAGUGUGAAUGAUGGAGAGUCAAGUAGCGAAUCAGAACAUCGUAGACGACUCUUGUGGUUUGACCGUAGAUACUUAUCUUCUUCGGAUACAACUACUCCUUCAUGCAAGUCGUGUUUUACUGCCAACAUGACCAAUGAUAAAUUUUCUUUUCCGGUUUUGGGAGUUGGGUGGGUGCCUGGGGGUGACCUUGGAGGGCUCUUUCGACAAUUUUUUAGGUCUGGUAGGUCUGACUACUUGACGUUGCGCAACGGAUUCAUCAAUGUUCAUUUAGCUCCUGGAAGCAAAUUUAACUUCCAAAAAUAUAUUAAACGAUCAUUAGAGGACGACUUCAAGAUAGUGGUGGGAGUAAGUCCUGUCUUGUGGGCAUCAUUUGUGCUUUCGCUUGUAAACGUUAAUGGGGCAAGCAUUGUUGUGGGCAUCCUUAAUCCCUGUGAUUAUAAUCUUAGCUAUUGGAAUGGAGCUCAAUCCAUUUUGACACAGAUGGCUCUUGAAAUUACCGAAAGACAUGCGGUGGUGCAAGGGAUGCCACUUGUACAGGGCUCAGACAAAUACUUUUGGUUUGGUCGGCCUCAUUUAGUGCUUCAUCUCAUUCACUUCGCUUUGUUUCAGAAUGCUUUCCAGAUUACAUAUUUCUUUUGGAUAUGGUACUCUUUUGGAUUGAAUUCUUGCUUCCAUGCUAAUAUCAAGCUUGCAAUAUUGAAAGUUGCUUUAGGGGUUGUGGUCUUAGUUCUAUGCAGCUACAUCACACUUCCUCUAUAUGCCCUUGUCACGCAGAUGGGUUCGCGCAUGAAGAGAUCAAUCUUUGAUGACCAAACGUCCAAGGCCCUCAAGAAGUGGCACAUGGCAGUGAAGAAGCAGAAGGGAGGAAAGUCCCCAACUCGAACGCUAGGGGAAAGUGUAAACCCAAGCAUUUCAACAGUGCACUCUCAAGCAGAACACAGACUACAACGUUUCAAAACAACAGGUCACUCUACACGCUCAUACACCUAUGACGACAAUGAGGCAUCUGAUGAUGAAGCUAAUCCAUUAGCACCCAUAUCACCAACAGCCAACUUUGUUAUAAAUGUGGAUAAAAAUAACGAUGGAGCAAUUGAAAUAAAUGAACCCCAUCAUGAGGAAGAUAGCAGCAAUGAAGGUGACUUCUCAUUUGGGAAGCCUGCUCUGGCGAAAGAACCAUGAUAUAGUUUCAGCAUUGGCUUUAGGUGUAUGCUGUUCUAUAUUUGUUGAGAGGAAAAGUUUGAUAAUUGAAAUGGAGUUAGGUAGGUAUAGUAUAGUAUUUAUGUACAUUGACAUGCUUGUUUAUAAAUUUUGAAGGAAUAAAUAUAGAUUUGGCUUUGUUUUAA